GUAUUCAAUUGCCGGAAGUUACGUCAGGGGCUUGUCCGCUGAGAAGAAUGGCUGGGCUGCUGAAAAAGACCACCGGCCUGGUCGGCCUGGCAGUGUCCAACAAUCCCCACGAGCGUCUGAGGAUACUCUACACAAAGAUCCUUGACUCACUGCAAACUAUACCGCAGGACGCUGCCUACAGGAAGUACACAGAGCAGCUGGUCAAUGAGAGGUUCAACCACGUUAAAGCAGAGCCAGAUGUUGAGAAGCUGGAGAAGAAAAUAAACUGCGGUCAGAUUGAAGAAGUCAUUCUCCAGGCCGAGUACGAGCUGCGCCUGUCCAGGAAGAUGUCUGAAUGGAAACCAUGGGAGCCGCUGAUCGAGGAGCCUCCUGCCAAUCAGUGGAAGUGGCCCAUCUGAAUAUACCUGUUUGUAGUGUUCAUGCUGUCUGUGUGUGAGAUCCAUACCUCUGCUUCUGCUGAAGUAAUAUAUUAAAGUGUUGAAAACAAA